UCGAAUUCCCAAAGCACUCCGACUACAACCUCCUAUAACCUCCGUCCGCGAGCGUCUCCAGCCCUCGCCGGCCCACCUCGCGCCCCUCGGGGCGCCGUCAGUCCCCCCGAAAACCCUCAUCCCCCCGCAGCCGAUAAAUCGCGAGUUAUUCGCGCUCGGAAAUCGGCCCUUGCCGCCCGAUUUUUUGUGCAUAAACUGCAUGUGUGUCAGUGUGUGAGUGUUCUGGGGAGAACCGCGGCGGGGCACUGUGCGUGGUCGUUGCGAAUGGCCGACGAGAAAACCAGGGAAGGAUGGAGGAUAACAAUCGGGACUGAUUCAGUCGGCGAAAAAGCCAAGCAGUAGGGCAGAAAGAUGUCUGAGCCAGAGGAGAGUCCGGCUGUGCCGGAUAGCACCACCAGGGAACAACGCCUUGGUUUCUCCCACGGUGAGGAUGUCCUGCUCCAGCACAAAGAUGGAAAAUACUACCUUGGUACAAUCGUUGAGGUUGACUUAUCACGCGAAAGAUGCCUGGUUAAAUUUCUCGACAAUACAUCAGCCUGGUCAACUGCCAAGGAGCUCACUAAACUCGCUAUGCCAGAUUCAGAUGUUAUGUGUGUACUGUGUAAAAAAUCACAGCCAAAGAGUGACAAUGAUAUUGUCGUUUGCGACAAGUGUGGCAGGGGUUAUCACCAGCUGUGUCAUCAGCCUCAUGUGUCCAAGGAGGACGCAUCCCCAGAUUCACACUGGAUGUGCAAGAGGUGUGUGGACUGUCAGCCCAGGGUGAGAGAGUCUGGGGAUCCCAAGAAUUCUAUGAUCAAGGCGAAUAUCAGGAAGGUCUGCAGUGGGAGGGAUCAACCGGAACCACCACCUCAGGAUUUGACUAAAUUACCUUACGAUCCUGAAAUGUUGACAUGGGACACUCAUCACCGAGUAAAUGCCGAACAAAUUUAUUGCUAUUGUGGAUUGAACGGCGAAUGGUACACGCAGAUGCUGCAGUGUGCCAGAUGUAAGAUGUGGUUUCAUGAAAAAUGUGUCAGCUGUCUCACUCAUCCACUCUACAGUGGAGACAGGUUUUACGUAUUUGUCUGUUCAACCUGCAAUUAUGGAAACGAAUUCGUUCGUCGACUCGAGCUGAAGUGGGUGGAUCUGGUGCACCUGAUGCUGUACAAUCUCACUGUUUAUAAUGCAAAGAAAUAUUACGAUCUUGAUACGGUUAUCAUACCUUAUGCCAUGGAGAAUUGGAAUUCACUGCAACUACCUCCUAAUAUUCUCCAAGCAAAUGCAGCAACACGUCGUGAAUCAAUCCUCCAGAUUCUCUGCAACAACAGAAACCGAUUCAAAUGUGGUCGUGAAAUAAAGAAACGUACAACGAUAUGGGGUCUGCGAGUCAGAUUACCACCGCCGUGUCCAGUUGUUAAUUUACCAUCAACUGGUCUCGUUGACGAUUCCGUUUUGAGGAGAUGCUGGGGUGGGAACAAAAGACUGCAGUAUCUUCUGCCGCCCGAAAGUUCGAUAACAAUACCAGAAAGUACAAAGCCACCGAGUCCAAUAAAACAGAGUCCUGAGAACGUUGAGAUCUCAGUGCAUCCAUCGGACGUAGUGAUGCGAGGUACUGUGUUCCAAAGCACUGCGGCUGAUCAGAGUACGUGCCCAAGCCCCAGCUCCAAGGAAACAGCUACUCAGUCACUGCGCGACAGGUACAGUGGUGGUGGAUUUGUUAAAAAGUCGUUCCCCUUUCCAAAAUUAAGUUUGCAACGACGAAGGAGAUUGAUGGCACUUGGCAGUUCACGUGAAAGAAUGCUGAGGAAACACAAGAAACGGGAGAAAGGCUGUGUUGAUACUGCCAAGGCGCAGGGGGUGAGGGAGGCGAGAUACAGAAAGGCGAGGAAACUCCUAAAAAACGCUAUUGCCAAGAGUAAAACGAGGUCUCCAGAGGUGUCAGACCUGCCUCCGACCCCUCCGACCUCGGUGUCAGGGCCGCCAACGCCGCCAGCAACGACAUCAGCCAUGAGUGAGCUCUCAGUGCCAAGUUCAGUGGACCUGAUGCACCCCCUGCCCCCCUCGACCCCAGCAGACACUAGCGGAGACGAGACGAGCUCACGUGGCACCUUGGACUCCUUCAUUCCGCCUCCGAAGGACUUCGAGGGAAAGAACAACCCCUUCCGUAAUUUAAGCGAGCUCCUGGGCACCCCCGUGCAGAGCACCUCGAGCACACCCCUCCCCUACAGCCAGCCCCCCAUCACCCUCCCCCUCCCCCUGACGCCGGUGAUAUCGCAACCGCCGAUAGUGAGGCCUGCGAAGCGUCAAUUGUCCGAGAAGGACAUAAUAAUUGACAGAAAUGGACAGGUCAAGAGGAGGCGACAGCACCGCAGGGGUCGCCCACCCCAGCAGCCCCAGCAGCAGCAGUUCCAGACGACUGCCAGCAAAACAGCUGCCAUUCUGCCAGCCAGAAGCAACGAGGUCAAGGGGGACUUCGUCAGGAACCUCAGGAGUUCGUUCAACAGCUCCUCCAGCAGCACCAAUAGCCAAAUAGCCAAUUGCGUGGAUUAUGCGCUCAAUGGGAGGCGAUUGAGGCAACGUCAGAGCAAUGAGAAACUCGUGCCACCUGAGGGGGGACAGAGCAAGAGCAGAACUGCUCCAACCUCACCGAAAUGCUCGCCUGUCAAGCAGAACGCGCCUGACAUCUCCAUGGACGAUCUCAAGUCCUCUGUCAAUAUGUAUUUUGGGGCUGCUAACAGAAUUGCCUCGGGGGAGAAGUUCGUCGUUAGGGCUAAGAGAAUCGGUCCUGAGGGACAGCUACAGUAUCUCAUUGAGUGGGAUGGGCCUAAGACAUAACGACGAGAAAACGCCGUCCACGUUUGCUGAAUCGUAUCACUUGUAAAUAUAAUAUUAAUAGUGCGAAUGUCAGAUGACGUCAGUGAAUGUGUACCGCGUGUACGUUAAUGUUUUCUGUGGCAAACAAAACGAUGAUUGAACUCACAGCUGGAUUAUCAUCGAACAAUGAUGAAGAUUCAACAACUCAUUGAUUUUUUUUUUCAUAAAAAGAUAAUAGAAACAAGAAAGUGACGAUUGAUCCAGUGAUACUGGUUCCUCGAGGAUAUACUGGGGAUAUUUUUGGAUAAUUUAGCUGCAAGAUUAAUUGAUACGAAAGCAGAAUUUUCCCUGCGAAAUUUAUUUUUCCAAUGGCAAUAUGAGAAAGUGAAAUAUUAUUAGAUGUAGUUGUUCUGCAACUUCUUCUCCUGAAGGUUUACUAGAUGCAAUUGAUUUGGAAAGUUUUAUCAAGGGAUUCAUCGUGAGAGUUUAUUGCAUCAGGAGAAGCUGCUGUGGCAUUGCUCACAAGACUAUCAAGACUCAACAAAAAAUACUUAUGUCUCAAAAUCACCUCAACCAAAACAGACGAACGAUACUUGCUUUCAUUAAAUUCAAUCGUUAAAUUGCGCAGAUGAAUCCUCCUCUUGGAGAAUAUUUAGUCCUUCAUCCACAUGUCAGAAGCCAAAAUAACAAAAUUACUCACCUGAUGAUCGAGCACGAUCAAUGUGGUGUUAACAAGAGCUUAUUAGAGAAUUUAAAAAAGAUUUCCAAGUGCAAAUGGUGCAAAUUGCGUUUUGUUACGAAAAAAAUUCUACUCAUGACUCGAAAUCCAUGAUUGAACAAUAAUUUUGCUUAUCACAUAAACGAUGAUAACAAAAAACCAAAGUAUUUGAAGACAUUGCACCUCUCGACAUUUGUAUUAAAUCGUUCAGUCGAAUUUCAUUGAACAUUUACGUGAUGUUCAAAAACGACAACAAGAAAUGAACACUGCCAAACUCCUAAUUUAUAAUUAAACUCCAAUAUUUAAAUACUGCUUUGCUAUUAUUCUAUGUUACCCUUUGUUACAACUCAAAGGAAUCUCGUUAUAAUAUCGUUUGUGUUCUGAAGUUUAAAUUUUCACAUUACGUGAAAGUUAUCACACGAAUAAACUGUGUUCGUAUUGAACUAUUGAUGAAACAAAUCGUUAAGAUUUUUAUUUUCUAGCUCUCGUGAGGCACAUGUUAUCGUAUAUUAAUUACGAUAUUACUUGUGCAGCAUUUCAAUUCACGAGGCGAUUACACAUUUUAUCAUGAUGACAAACUGAGAAAAAUUAAAAGAUAUAUAAAAUUUAAUGAAAUUAGGAGGAAAUUACUGCCAGUAUCGUAUGUAAAUAUUUCCAAUUUUUAUUGAAAUACAUAUGUUAGAUUAACAAAGUUAUUGGAUACAUGUUUGUGAGACGAUGUGUGUGAGAAUGGAUUAUCGUGAAAAAAGAAAAUAAUGGCUCAAGCGCUUCCAGUGGACACGUCUGCGCCGUUGGACUCCCCAUAAUGCCCACCGAAAAUAUUCCAAAAAUAUUGAAAUGGUAAAUGUGUUGAAACAUAAUCAUCGUUCAAUAAAACUUUUGUGCUGUACGAAUCAUCGAUAUCACUAUUGUUUAAUUUAUCAUAAAAAUAAAAUUAUAUUACGAAAUAUAUUUUUCAUCCUCCAUGAACAUGUCAACCGAUAGUCGAAAUUAUUUUGCUGACCAAAAGAAGAUGUCAGUCAGGUGUGGAAAAUGUGAAUGCACGAUUGGAAGAUCAAUUGAUUCGAGUGCAUUGAUCCAAGCCCCUCUUAAUGUGAUGUGAUCUACGAUUAAUGUAAAGAUGAACUAAAAAUGGUCCACUGUGAGAGAAUGUGAGGGAUGACUGAGGAAUGUGUGCGAAGUGAAUGAUGACUUUUAUGUUUAUACAGCUGAAUGCGAAAACACUUUUAUUCGUGUAUGGGUAGUUAAGGAAUAAGAUUUAUUAAUUUUCUUUAGUGAAAGGGGCUCCGGGGGAAUGGGUGGGGCCCACUUAGAUCCCAUCUGCUUCUUAUCUUCAAUGUUGUUCUGUUCAGCUUGGGCAAAAGAGACUGAUAAAUAGAUCCUUUAUCAUUUUUCAUUCGUGUCAAGUUCAUUGUCUCAUUUUAUCAUAAUUCUCGAUUGUUUUAUUCGUAAUUAGGUGAAUUGAUAUCAUUCCUCUCUAGAGAAAUUGGGUUCAUUCUCGAUAGUGUUGAGUCGUUGAAUGCAACAAGCGAUCAUCAUUCGCGUGUAAAUAUAUCAUCGUUAAUUAUUACGAUUAAUUGAUUAUCAUUCGCCUGUUGGGGGGGAAUUCAUGAGCGAAUGCGUGAUGAGUGCCAGUGAUCAGGGGUUGCGAAGGGUGAAUGCUUUUUUGUUUUUUUUUUAGUUGGAGUAAGGGCGGGCGAUACAUGUAGAUGAUACUGUUUACGUUAUCAAUUUUUAAUGUACUCUCAGACAUUUCAAUUUAUUACAAUACCGUAAUGAAAGGAGGACGACACGAACUGCUACCAAGAUUGUUUUCCUUUUUGGCAUACUUACAUAUUGCUAUGAAUCUUUUUAUCAUAAUGUAUGGAAUAAACAUGAAGUAAUGAGAUAGUAAGAUUUAUAAUUAUUACGAUGAUUGGUGUGAUGACUGUAAAGUAUACGUACGAUUUUUUGAAUGAUAAUAAAUGCAAGA